GACCGUCUGGAGCAUCUGAGACAGCAGUGUGGUCCUCACGUCACCGCUGUCGCCAAAGACUCUGUGGAGGGAAUCUGCUCCAAAAUCUACCAGCUGUCUGCAGAGUACAGCCGCCGCCUGAGACACACACACCUGAGUCUGCUGCAGGACCCCCCCACAGAGGCGUGUGCAUCCCCGCAGCAGUCUCGGUUGGUGUACUGUUACCCGGUGCGUUUGGUGCUGCCCUCGCCGCCGCUUCCUCGGGUGGAGCUGCACUUUGAGAACGACGUGGCAUGUUUGCGCUUCAGAGGAGAGAUGGUCAAGGUCAACAGAGGUCACUUCAGCAAACUGGAGCUGUUGUACAGGUACAGCUGUAUAGACGACCCUCGCUUUGAGAGGUUCCUGUCCAGAGUCUGGUGCCUCCUCAAGAGAUACCAGGUGAUGUUUGGCAGCGGCGCAAACGAGGGGACGGGUCUGCAGGGGGCGCUGCCGGUGUCCGUGUUCGAGGCGUUGAUUCGACACUUUGGAGUUUCCUUCGAGUGUUUCGCUUCACCGCUCAACUGCUAUUUCAAACAGUUCUGCUCCGCCUUCCCCGACAUCGACGGCUUCUUCGGAUCCAGAGGGCCCUUCCUGUCUUUCUGUCCCGUCAGCGGCUCGUUCGAAGCCAACCCUCCGUUCUGUGAAGAGCUGAUGGACGCCAUGGUGACGCACUUCGAGGAGCUGUUGGACAAGUCCUCUGAGCCGCUGUCCUUCAUCGUCUUCGUCCCUGAGUGGCGUGACCCCGUGACCCCGGCUCUGACACGUAUGGAGGCGAGUCGGUUCCUCCGCCACCAGCUGAGUGUCUCCGCCUACGAGCACGAGUACCGCUCAGGGAGCCAGCACAUCUGCAAGAGGUAGUAAUACUGCAGCUAUACUGCAUCAAUACUUAAUAAUACAGUACCAAUACUCCACAGCACUGCAAUAAUACUCCACUAGGG